CUCUUUCUUUAUCACGCGCAGAUAAACCCCUCUGCUAAACCCUAACCAUUUCUUCUCUUCUUCCUUCCCUUGUUUUAACUGCUGUCCUACGCGCCACCGUGAAAAGCUUCAAUUAGAAGCUGAAAACAAAAAUGGAAGACGAGAAGGAAGAACUGAAGACGAUUAACGAAUUAGAACCAGCUGAACAGUUAAAAAUGGAAGAUGAAAUAGAAGAAUUGAAAACAUUUAAGGAAUUAGGAGUAUGCGAACAAUUGAUAAGCGCUUGUGAUAAUUUAGGCUGGAAAAACCCUACAAAGAUUCAAGUGGAAGCUAUUCCUCAUGCACUUGAAGGAAAAGAUUUGAUCGGUCUUGCUCAAACCGGCUCUGGUAAAACCGGAGCUUUUGCUCUUCCGAUUUUACAGUCUCUUCUCGAAGCUUCUGAGAAAUCUGUGCAAGCUUUCUUUGCUUGUGUCCUGUCUCCUACUAGGGAGUUGGCAAUUCAGAUUGCUGAGCAAUUUGAAGCUUUAGGGUCUGACAUUGGUGUCAAAUGUGUUGUGCUUGUUGGAGGGGUAGAUAUGAUGCAACAGUCUAUUUCGCUAGGAAGACGACCACAUAUUGUUGUUGCUACGCCUGGUCGUCUUGUGGAUCAUUUAUCAAAUACGAAAGGUUUUUCUCUUCGGACAUUGAAGUUCUUGGUCUUGGACGAGGCAGAUAGAUUGCUGAAUGAGGAUUUUGAGAAAUCACUUGAUGAAAUUUUAAAGGUUAUUCCAGGGCAGCGAAGAACAUAUUUAUUUUCUGCAACUAUGACAAAGAAGGUGAAGAAGCUCCAGAGGGCUUGUUUAAGAAAUCCAGUGAAGAUAGAAGCAUCUUCUAAAUAUUCUACUGUUGACACAUUGAAGCAGGAAUAUUGCUUUGUACCUGCAAAGUACAAGGAUUGCUAUCUUGUGUAUAUUUUGAAUGAGAAGUCUGGAAGUACAUCCAUGGUUUUUACUCGAACAUGCGAUGCAACUAAUCUUUUGGCCGUAAUACUUCGGAAUCUUGGUCUAAGGGCCAUCCCUAUCAAUGGCCACAUGACUCAGUCAAAAAGACUAGGAGCCUUAAAUAAGUUCAAAGCUGGAGAGUGCAAUAUUCUUAUAUGCACAGAUGUGGCAAGUAGAGGACUUGAUAUUCCUUCUGUGGAUAUGGUUAUGAAUUAUGAUAUCCCCACGAACUCAAAGGAUUAUAUUCAUCGUGUUGGAAGGACUGCUCGUGCGGGACGGUCUGGGGUUGCAAUCUCACUUGUUAAUCAGUAUGAAGUUGAAUGGUUUAUACAGAUAGAGAAACUUAUUGGUAAAAAGUUACCACAGUAUGAUGCUCAAGAAAAGGAAGUCUUGUAUUUUCUGGAGCGAGUCACUGAAGCCAAAAGAUUUGCCCAGAUGAGUAUAAAGAAUAAUGCUGACGGAAAAAAGAAGAGAAGAGGUAAAGACGAGGGUGAGGAAGAAGAAAUAGAAAAAUACUUGGGUUUCAAGCAUAAUAAGUCGUCGAAGAAAUUCAAGAGAAGGUGAUGAGAUUGGCAAUGUCAACUUUGUGCAAGAAGAUGACGAAAGAAUUCAUACAUACAUUAAACAUGGUCUUCCUGGUAGAAUCUUUUUAGUCUCUCUUUUGCAUAGAGGGAUUACGAUUGACAAUUCUAUUUUGAUUCAGGCACUGGUGCAAGUUGGCCUCUAGUUGAAGGUUUCUUCAAAAAUUGUCUUGGUUUACAUUAGAACACCCAUUGAGUUAUUAGUCUCUGUAGUUUAAUAUAUAGUAACACUUGUAUUUUUUCAUAUUUUGAAAAUUUUGUGCUGUAAGUUUUUUUUUUAUCAGUAAUGAUAAGCUGUGAUAUUUUUCAA